AAUCCACUCUGUGACGAUAAGAGAUUUCCUUUGGUUCUUGAUAGUUGAUACAACGAAGAAGAACGACAACAAUGGCGACAAUUUCAUGUAGUGUUCAAUUCAUCUUCGCUAAUCAAGACACAAAACCCAUGAACAAUUUGGCCCCAAUUCUGUGUAAACUCGAAUCGCAGUUCGUGGGUGUGCGUAAAAGGCUCGGAUUUUGCAGACCAACUUCAAGGAUUGGGCCUAGUAGUUGUGGGUCAAGAAUCACAUGUUGGUUCAAGUUCGGUAAAAAUGGCGUCGAUGCUGAAGGUGCUGGGAUUUACGGCAGCCAAUCUCGCGACGAUUUCGAUCGUGAUGAUGUCGAGCAGUACUUCAAUUAUAUGGGAAUGCUUGCCGUUGAGGGUACAUACGAUAAGAUGGAGGCGCUUUUAUGCCAAAACAUUCAUCCCGUCGACAUUUUGUUGAUGUUGGCCGCCUCCGAAGGAGACAAGCCGAAAAUAGAGGAGUUGCUAAAAGCCGGAGCCAUGUAUAAUGUGAAAGACGUUGAUGGAAAGACGGCGCUCGAUAAGGUGGCAAACGAAGAAAUCAAGAACUUCAUUUUAAGUUAUUCCACUCAAAAGGCAUGAUUUGAUCUUUAAUACCCCUAAAUGUUGUUGUGUUUUAAGUUCUUUGUUUUUGUGAGAUUAGAUUUAAAAUAUGUAGUAAUUGUGUAGAUGGGAAGACAACAUUGUUUUUGCUUUCCUUGAUUUUGUUCCCAUUUGUUAAUAUUUUUGCAUCUAUGCAUUUUCUGCUUCCUCAC